AGGUUAGUCUGGAGAGCGGGGAGGAGAGAUCGGAGCAGUGUGCGGGAGAUCGGGGAGCCGGAGCUGGAUGAUCGGUGGUGAAAAGCUGAACCAAUCCCGGAGGAACACACACUGAGUGAGACCCAGCUCUGCUGCAAGCUGAACCAUGAGUGGCGGAUCCAGCCCAGGGGUGAUCACGACCCCUCCUCUUCCCAGCAUGCCUCACAAAGAGCGGUACUUCGACCGCAUCGACGAGAACGACCCCAACUACCUGCGGGAGAGGAACAUGUCUCCGGACCUCCGGCAGGACUUCAACAUGAUGGAGCAGAAGAAGCGAGUGACGCAGAUACUUAAGAGCCCAGCUUUUCGGGAGGAUCUGGAGAGCUUGAUCCAGGAUCAGAUGAAGAAGGGGAACAACCCGACCGGUCUCCUGGCCCUGCAGCAGAUUGCCGAUUACAUCAUGGCCAGCUCCUUCGCUGGUUUCGCCUCCUCUCCUCUCAGUCUUGGGAUGGUCAUGCCAAUCAAUGACAUCCACCCUGCCGUAGAGGCCGCGAUGGUGAAAGGGGAGAAGCUCACAAGGUGUAAGCUGGCCAGCAUGUACCGCCUAGCUGAUCUCUUUGGAUGGGCGCACCUGAGCAACGCCUACUUUACGGUCAGAGUGAGCAAGGAACAGGACCACAUUCUCAUCAUUCCCAGAGGCCUUUCCUUCGCCGAAGCGUCAGCCUCCAAUCUGGUGAAGCUGAACAUUGUCGGCGAGGUGGUCGAUCAGGGAAGCACCAACCUGCUCGUUGACCCAUCGGGAUUCAGCCCACAUGCAGCCAUCUACUCAACGCGCCCUGACGUGCGCUGCGUCAUCCACAUUCACACCCCCGCCACGGCCGCUGUCUCCUCCAUGAAAUGCGGCAUCCUCCCCAUCUCUCAGGAGGCGUUAAUCCUCGGGGAUGUUGCUUACUACAACUACCAGGGCUCCCUGGAUGAGCAGCAAGAGCGAAUCCAGCUGCAGAAAGUUCUGGGCCCCAGUGCCAAGGUCCUGGUUCUGCGGAAUCACGGGGUGAUGGCUUUGGGAGAGACAUUGGAGGAAGCUUUCCAUUACAUCUUCAAUGUACAGCUGGCCUGUGAAGUUCAGGUCCACGCUCUGGCCGGCUCUGGAGGGAUCGACAACCUCCUCCUUCUGGACCUGGAGAAGUAUAAAGCCGUCACGCAUUCGUUGGCUGCGACUGGCGGGGGAGGGGUAAACAUGGAAGGCCAGCACAAGUGGAAAGUAGGGGAGCUGGAGUUCGAAUCGCUCAUGAGAAUGCUGGACAACCUGGGUUACCGGACCGGCUUCGCUUACAGGCAGCCGCUGACACGAGAUAAACCGCGCCACAAGAGCGAGGUAGAGAUCCCCGCUACGGUCACGGCCUUUACAUUUGAGGACGACCAGUCCAUGCCGUGCUCUCCUCUGAAAUUCCUCGCUCAGAAGCAGCAAAGGGAGAAGACGAGGUGGCUGAACUCGCCAAACACGUAUAUGAAGGUCCGGGUUCCUGAGGAGUCCUUUAACGGCGAGAUGAGUCCAAGGACUAAGAUCACGUGGAUGAAGUCCAAUGAGAUGAACAAGAACAGCGGAUAUCCCAUUAAAAUAGAAGACCCCAACCAGUUUGUCCCGUUGAACACCAACCCCACAGAUGUCCUGCAUAAGAGGAAUAAGAUCAGGGAGCAGAAUCGGUACGAUCUAAAGACCGCUGGGCCCCAGUCACAAGUCUUGGCGGGCAUUGUGGUGGAUAAACCAAGUGCGCCCAUGCAGUUCGUCGAGGAUGAGAACGCUCCUCCCUUACCCCCCAAUCCAUUCAGCGAGUUGUUGGAACAGGAGACACACGAUCAAAGGGGUGAAGAUAACGGGACAAAAGAUGCCGAGCAUGAGUUAAUCUCGGAGGAAGAAUCUUCUAUCCCUGUAACUCAGUCCCCACCCCCGACGCCAACCGCCACUACAGAACCCCUGGACGACUCCCUGUUUCAGUGCCACUCUCCCAUUAUACUAAACGGUAAGGAGGGCGUCAGACACGAGGCCCACGAAGACCUGACCAUGCGCGUUCACCAGCUCAGCGUCGGGGACACGGUGGAGAUCACAGUCCGGACCACGGAGAAGAUCAUCGAAGGGGAACUGACCCCCGAGGGUUCUCCCUCCAAAUCCCCCAACAAAAAGAAGAAGAAAUUCCGCACUCCGUCCUUCUUGAAGAAGAACAAAAAGAAGGAAAAACUGGAGGCGUAACGCGUCGCCAGGAUGAGGCGCUUCAAAGAGGGAAACCGUAGGCGACGCCUGUUUCGUGCCGGAUGGACGUUGCAUGGUCCUGAGUUUUGCAACGGGUUCGAAUUUUUCCAACUUUCUGCCGCAUCGGCUUUUUCAAGGUGCACCAAAGAAAGUUGAUCCUUCAGCCUUAUCUCCAUGCUUCUUCACCACCCAGUUCUGCCUAGAAGACGUUCAGCCCAUGCCAUGGUAAUCCCCCCCCCCUCUCUCUCUCUCUGGACUGUUGGCAGAACCAGCUCCUUACUCAUGUGAUUCACGCUACAAAAAGACACGAAAAAUACAAACCGGUGUGUUUUUGUUUUUUACUGAGCUUCAACCUAUUUUCUUACAAGUUGCGUUGCUGCAAGCACAUCCAAAAUGAACCCAGGCUGGGUGUGUACUCGAAAUAUAUGCUCAUCUAUGAUUUUCUA